AUGUCGGCCUUCGUUCGCGUCUCAGGACCGCCCAACAGUAACUUUCUGGUUGGCUAUCCGGGCAUAUCAGCAACACUACCUCGAAUAGAAGGCAAAGUCGAGAUACGGCCACUCAUUGGAGUAUCGGCGCCCGUCAAUGUCUCCCUCGUCACCAUCGCAUUGCACCGUCGCGAAACCAUACACCCGUCCGCCGACUCGGUUACGAAGAAGCAUCUGGCAGCCCCGCGCAAAGAGAUUACCGACAUCGUCGGUAAGGAGAUGCUCCUAUAUCGAUGUUCGCCCGGAAGAGAGCAUGAGAGUAUACUAUGUAUGGACCUCCCGUUCGUCAUCUUCAUACCGUACGGACGCGGCGGCGAGGAGGUAGCGAGGAGAGUCCCGCCCGCGAGUCUACAAUUACCGAGUCGGACGGCGGAGACGUUUUACGAACUCGUCGUGACAGUACAGCAAGGGCCCCAGGAACAGAAGAAGUAUCCCUUUGCCGUGCCGAUACAACGAUACGACACCCUCUCUACCUUUGGCAUGUACAAUCGACCCGAAAGCGCAGAGCGAGUGACGGACCACCUCGUCACCCUUGGCAUCAGCCUGCCGAGAUGGAGUUAUGGACCCAUGGACCCAGUCUCAGUAUACAUCAAAUUGAGUCCCAACCCCGACUGGCUGAGCAAGGCGAAGAAGGUCACAAUCAAUAAGAUCACAGUCGGCAUAGACGAAGAGAUCAUCUUCAACCACGAAGGAGAUGAGCCGACUCGUAAAGUCAAGACGCUGGCAAAAACACAGCAACACGUCGGAGUGAGGAUGCCCGAAGCGGGCUAUUUCACGAACCUCGGGCUAGUCUUCCCCGCAAAAGAUCUACGAGACAACGCAGGUGUUAUCCCAAGAGGGCAGAAGGAGUUUCCCAUGUACGCUGUUACUGGUUUUACGACGACUGGUACUCUAUACAAGAUUGAGUACUACCUCACUGUCAAGGCGCAAAUGUCGUCAGCCCGAGACAUCCUGCUCCGUCAGCCCAUUGUGGUAUGUCCUUUUGACCAUGCAGGCUGUAAAGAGGAAAUGGAGGCCAUUGAGCAGGCAGCCAAGGACGCCGCACACGUCACACCUGACAACCCCAUGUUGCCCGCCAGUACUAUUGUUCGAUCCAACGACCCAGAAGGCUUGCGCGCACUCGGUAUCGCAAUUGUGGGAGGCGUACGGAAACCGCUGAUUGAGUGA